GGGAUGGGAACAGUGUUGGGGCUGUCGACGCAGCUGAAGGUGCAGAGAUGCUGGCGGCUGCCCUCGCAAGAGCCUUGAAGCCCCCUCUAAGUGCUCUCCAUGGCAGUAAUGAGUCCUGCUAAUAAAUAAAUCAUGGAAGCGGCGGGGGGGAGGGGCUCCUCGCCCAUCCCAAAGGGCCAGGAGGGGAGCGUGUUAACCGGCUUCGGGGGCUCGGCUGUGCCCGAGCCAGCCACCCUGCUGUGUGGGGCUGCCCUCGGCUCAGGAAUGAUUCCCGGAGCCACAGCCCCAGCCAGAAUCCUGCCCGGCGAGGAGCAGCCAUGACCCCAGCACCGCUCAGCACAGGGCUGGCAGUGGCGAAGCUGGCUGGCAUGGGAUUAAUAUUCCCCUCAGGUCUGGCCUCGCCGAGCCAAUGCCAACGACGGCGGUUUCACUGCCGGCUGCUCUUCCCCCCGCUCCUGCCUGCAUCCCCGCUGCCGUCCCCACUGCUAAGCCCUCUGUCCCCUCGAAAGGUCCCCUCCGGUCCCCUCUCAUCCAAGGGAAGUUCAAGCUGCUGGACCAGGACCGGGACAUCCGUGAGCCCGUGCAGUACUUCAACAGCGUGGAGGAGGUGGCCAGCAUCUUCCCAGACCGUGUCUUUGUCAUGGAGGCCAUCACCUUCAGCGUGAAGGUGGUAUCAGGGGAGUUCAGCGAGGACAGCGAGGUCUACAACUUCACUCUGCACGCGGGGGACGAGCUGACGCUGAUGGGCCAAGCGGAGAUCCUGUGCGCCAAGACAGUGAAGGAGAAGUCGCGCUUCAACACGAUCCUGCGGAAGCUGGGCAAGGCGGCACCAGCGGCGGGGGCCAGGCAGGUGAAGGGCAAGAUGCCCUGCCUGAUCUGCAUGAACCACCGCACCAACGAGAGCCUCAGCCUGCCCUUCCAGUGCAAGGGCCGCUUCAGCACCCGCAGCCCCCUGGAGCUGCGCCUGCAGGAGGGCGAGCACACCAUCCGCAGCAUCAUCGAGAAGGUGCGGCUGCCCGUCAACGUGGCCGUGCCCAGCCGCCCCGCGCGCAACCCCUACGACCUGCACGCCAUCCGCGAGGGCCACUGCUACAAGUUGGUCAGCAUCAUCUCCAAGACGGUGGUGUUGUGCUGCAUCCUCCGCCGGGACGAGCUGGUCCCUUUCCAUUUCCUCCUACUGACCGACAUGCCCCGCUUCCAGCUGCCUGAGGGGCUGCUGGCCGGGGACCCCCAGCUGGAGAAGCUGCUGCGGGACAGCGCUGCGUACUGCCAGGACCGCUUCAACCCCGAUGAGUACUCGCGGGCUGUGCGCGAGGCCAAACCGGACUUUUCAGAGGAGUGCGCCAGCCCGCGACGCUUGCGCCUCUGCCUGCCCGCCUGCGCCCGCGAGGAGCUCAGCCAGCCCCUCCAGCGCCUUUCCCUCUGUGCCUGCACCUCCACCAGUCCCUGGGAACCCCCCACUCGCUGCCAGGGACCGUGGGGUGGCACCCCGCGCCCGCCGCUGCCCGACUUCCCCGACCCCGACCGCGAGUACAUGACGCCUGACUGGGCCGAGCCCGAGUUCAGGACUCAGGAGCCACUGGAGAUUCCCUACGAGGAGCUCUGGAGCAAUCCUGGGCUGGAGGGUUGCUGCGAGGCAGGCAGUGGUGCCAGCCGACCGGAUCUCAUCACCUUGGGGGCCAUCACCCCACUGGGCUCCCCGCAUCUCCCCGGUGUGCCUGGGGAUGAGCCCCGUGGGGACACCCCACCUCCUGUGCCACCCAAGUCGGAGGCGGUGAAGGAGGAGUGCCGGCUGCUGAAUGCACCCCCCGUGCCGCCCCGGGGCAGCCGCCCCCCGCCGUCCUGCAGCCCCCCAGCCCCCCUGCGCUGCCCGAAGCUGGCACCCACUCCCUCACCCAGCCCCAGCCUCUCCUACUACUCCUCAGGCCUCCACGAUGGGUCGGUCCCGCGGAGUGGCAGCGGCUCGCCCUCGCCUGAUGCCUACAGCCUCUACUGCUACCCCUGCACUUGGGGUGACUGCAAAGCCGGGGAGGCCUCUGGGCGCCCGCUGCCCCCCAGCACCCAGCCCGUCCCCACCUCCUGGUCGGACCCCUGGGCAUACGGCGAGGCGGGUGGCGGGGCAGGCAGCAGCUGCUCGACGCCGCUGUCGGGUGCCGAGCCCCCCUUGAAGCCCUACCACAGCUGCCCCCGCCUCAAGCCCCCCCACCCCCAAAAACGCUUUGCCCCCUUCGGGGCUCUCAACCCCUUCGCUGGCCCAGCCGAGUGGCCAGAGAGCCCGGAGUGGUCCAAACCACCUUCAGCCCCAGCCGCUCCCCCCUCCUCUUCCUCGCCAGAGCCUUUCGCCUCUGUUGAGGUGCUAGAGUCGCCCCCUCCGCCUCGCCCACCAAAGGGAUUUGAGGGCGAGAGCAUCGUCAUCCGUGGGGCAGCCCCACUUUCGCCCGCUGUGCUGCACGGGGCCGAGGGUGGCGUCACCCGUGUCUACCUGGCACAGGGUGUUAUCGAGGUGCCACCAGCGGUGAGGGGCGAUGGGGGGGCCCCGCCAGCUGCCCCCAGACCCAGUGGGGAUGGCUCGCCCUGGCUGCCACCUGCCGACCUCUCAGCCCUCUCACUGGAGGAGGUCUCCAAGUGCCUGCGCUUCAUCGGCCUCUCCGAGGACGUGGUCAGCUUCUUCGCCCGUGAACGCAUUGAUGGCAGCAUCUUCGUCCAGCUCAGUGAGGAGAUCCUGGCUGACGACUUCCGCCUCACCAAGCUCCAGGUGAAGAAGAUCAUGCAGUUCAUCAAGGGCUGGCGCCCCAAGAUCUGACUGCACGCUGGGAUUCUCCUGAACCGUUGGGGGUCUCCAGCCCACCGGGACCUGCCCUGCUCUGGGGCACCCUGAUGCAGCAGUGCCUCUGCCCCGCUGUCUGGGGGGUUACCUCCUCCUUGGAAGCUCAGCCUUAUUGCCCAGUCCUCCCCUCUUUCCUUUUUAACACUGGACGGUAAUUUUGGCCCAAAUGGGCUGGAAAAUACUGGAGUUUGUGUUGACUGGUUUAACUUAAUCCUUGUGGAUUAGUGUAAUAAACA